UCCGGCCGGAAUAACGUGCUUACUACUUAGCUCUCACGCUGUUGCAUUCUGAAUUCUGGAAGAUUUCCUAGAACCGUUUCAAUUUUCUCAAGUGGUUGAUCGAGUUAUGUAACGCUUUAGCGAUGUGGAGUGUUCAACGGAUUUCAGUGCAUUUCCUUUUGCUGGUAGCCGGUAGCUGUUUGGCUGUGGGAAAAUUCUGCAACGAAGUUGAAAAAGUACCGAAGUUAGUGCAAACUGUGAACAAAGGAGUGGAAUAUGGAGUGUGCAACUACUACUGCAUGUUCUCGGAGCAUAGUUUCACGGUACCGGUGCCCAUUGAGAAGAUGUCGUGUGCUUUGGAAUACGAAACCCACCAGAAGCAGGUCUGCUGCGAAGGAUAUCACCGUUACGGGAGUGAAUGCUUACCUACCUGCAAGCACAAGUGUAUCUUCGGCGAAUGCACUGCACCGGAAGCGUGCAGCUGCUAUGGUGGCUAUCGGAAAGUGAAUGAAUUUCUUUGUGAGCCGAUCUGUGAAUCGCCAUGUGAUAAUGGUCGUUGCGUAGCGCCAAACUCCUGCGUCUGUGAUGAAGGUUUCGAGAAGGAUGAGCACGGGGAGUGUGCGAGGAAAUGUGAAAAGGAAUGUCAAUUUGGGCGGUGUGAGGAAAAUCAGUGUCGGUGUUAUGAGGGAUACGCGUUGGAUCCGGAAAACGAUGGCCGCUGUGUUCCGCAGUGCGAACCGGAAUGCCAGAAUGGGAACUGCGUUCAGCCGAACGUUUGCCAGUGUGCAGCAG